GCAUCGGCGCGCGUCCCGCCGCUGGAGAAGCGGAGAGCGAGGGCCGCCGCCGCCGCCUCCUGGCUCGUCCCUCUGCCGUCCUCGAUGUCUCCCCCGCCGCGGGGAGCCCACCCCAUCCGCGCCCCUUCGGCCCGCAGCGUCCCCUCGGGAGCUUGGUCUCACCUUCUCCGAGACUGGUGGCGAAGCCAGCCUCGACUCGCCGGGAGGCGGCACAUCGACGACGGAGCCGGCCAGGCCGCCGCCUCCUCCACCAGCGCGGCGGGGAUGAAGGCGGAGGCGGGGGACAGCAGCAUGAUCAACUUGUCGGUCCAGCAGGUGCUGAGUCUGUGGGCGCACGGCACCUCGCUCCGGCACCUCACCGAAAUGUGGUACUGGGUUUUCCUCUGGGCUCUCUUCUCCUCUCUCUUUGUCCACGGUGCUGCAGGAGUUUUAAUGUUUGUGAUGCUGCAGAGGCAUAGACAAGGGAGAGUAAUCUCUAUCAUUGCAGUCAGCAUUGGAUUUCUGGGUUCUGUAACUGGAGCAAUGAUAACCAGUGCAGCGGUAGCUGGAAUUUUCAGAGUAGCUGGAAAAAGCAUGGCUCCUUUACAAGCACUGGUGUUUGGAAUUGGCCAGACUGUACUGACACUAAUUAUAUCCUUCUCAAGAAUUCUUGCUACACUUUGAAACUUCUGUGAAAACUUAGUUUAUAAAAGGAAAUGGUCUGCAGUGAAGCUUCCCAGAAGUUGUUCCAGUAGCUGCUGGAUUUGAAUUGCAAGGAGAAAUAUUUGGUAUGUAGACUUCAAACCUAGAGGUUCCGCCAAGGAGUUCCCUCUAGAGUCCAAAAAUGACACACUACUGCACUGCACCUAAUGUGCCUCUGUCACAGGCAAGGUGUGAUCAAUUUAGGAGAAGCUGCAAGAUAAAGCACCUUGUGAAGCUGCUAAUCAGGCAAAUGGUGAUGUGAUCAUUGUUCAUAACAGUAUUGGGGGAAAUACAUGGGCAUUUCUGAAGAAUGGAUCAUAAAUGUGCCAAAUGCAAAGUUGAUUUGUUUUUGUUUUUUAAAAAAUAUUGAUAGUGUGACCAUUUAAACGUGUAGUAUUUGAGUGCAGCAAACAUAGUUCAACAAAAAUUUCAGGUAUACCAACAAGGCACUAACUCCAUCUCAGUGCAGAAAUUUAUCAAUUCCUGUGGAGGACAAAGCUGCUUGAGUAUUGAAUUUAUUAGCAUUGCUGGGAUUUAGUGACUGAAACAACAGUCUGGUAAGGACAUGAAUGUGAUUGAUCCAAUGUAGGAGCUCCUUAUGCAAGGAUUUAAUUAGGAUAUGUCACAUUCACUAAAAGCAGCCUUUCAGUAACAUUAUAUUAUGCUUUUGAUAUUUUAUCAAGUUAUGGUAUGUCCCAAAUUCAUGGUCACGGAUUGGAACAAAGGCUGUAUGGGUCAGAUGACUAAAAAAGGUUACAAAAGGAAUCCUACAUUAUUUCAAAAAUAUAUUUGCUUUGACCUUGAUUGUUGAAACAUUCAGUAAUGCUAUUUUAAAACCAAGAAGGGGCCCCAAGUCUUGAAAAGUAUGUGUUUACAGUAUGGUCUAAUCUAAAGUAAGUUAAAGAUAGAUGGGGAAAAUAAAAAUGCAGUUUUUCUAUGUGAUUAAGUCAGGAUUCUGAACAAAUGUUUAUUCUAGUAGAUUAUCAGUAUCCAAAGGGAGAGAAUUUAAAAUCUUCCUAUUUCCCAACCUUGAGAUAAUUUGGGGAUGAUUAUAUGUGACUUUCAUAUGCUUAGCUUCCAGUAGACCUGUUCUGUGUGUGUUGUUUUAGCAAGAGCAGCAGCGGUGGUGUGACUGUAAUGUCUUUAUUGUAACAUGUUAUAAAGUGAAUAAAGAGAAACUACAUGACACUAUCUAAAUGUAAGUAUUGGGAAGGAGUGAAUUAAUAGUAUCUUUGGGCUGAUUCACACACUGUCCUUUCAGUGAGUAUGCACAUGUAAUCAGCAUGCACAAACAUGCCUGUAUUAGGAGCUGAAAGAAGGGAGCAGGCUCCCUACUUCUGGAAACCAGUGCACAGGUGGCAGUGGCUGGAGAAUCCAAUUCUGCAUUUACCAGAAAUUGCUAGAUGUUGUCGCUGCUCAACCACUGCACCUUUUUCAACAGCACCUCAGUCACUCUGCUGCUGGUGCUCUUCUCUAAGUAGAGUGGCAGUAGCCAAGAAUCCCUUUGCUGGGAACUUAGGAAAAACAAGGCAUAUGCAGUCAGAGAGGAUGACUUUAGCUGACAUUGCCUUUUCUACUACAGUACUUUUGGCUGCUCUAAUACAGGUGGUAGUAGGGCUUGAUUCAAGGUAUUCCUUCACUCAGAGUGCAAUGUGUGAAUUAGCCCUUAGUUUUCUGUUCAAAAUUGGCAGUCUGUACAUGUCUCUACCUUCCUUCCGGGUGUAUGACCACAGGUUGUCAUGACAGCAGAAGUUAAUGCCUACAGAAAUCAUAACUGCAGCAAUAACACUUUGACAGCACAGUGCUUUGUUCCACAACCUUUCUAAAUAUUGUGGCAAAAUCACAAUUUGUAGUUGUAUAUACUAAUAAAUUAUCACUAGAGGCUAUUUUGCCUACUUUGGUCUAGAGAAAACACUUAAGACAUUCAUUAUUAUUCUGUCUUCAUUCUUAUAGUUGUAGUGAUAGGCUGCUAUCCUGCAAGGACCUAUGUAUAACUGGAGCUUCUUCACAGUUGUGUGAUUGCAGACUUUUGUUUGCCAUACUGACGGGUGGAAGCUUUGUGCUUACCCAAGACUCUAAAUCAAAGUCAUAGGGGAAAGGAAAUAGCAUUAAUACUAGGAGGUAUUUAAAGAAACAUUGAUAUAUUUUGUUCUUUGUUUCAGGUAAUUUAAUUUAAAUGCCAAGGCACAUUCUAAACCUACACUAGUAUAAAAUGCUACUUUAAUUUAUAGUGCCUUGAGUAUAUGUUAGAAGGAAUUUUCUAGUCCAUUGUCAACUUACUGCUGUUUUGUCUCUGCCAUUAGCUUGCAUUUGAUGAUAGCUUGUGGUAGUGGUGUUAAAAUGAAUAAUAGGAAAAAACUUGGAGAAAUCACUAGUGCUACCUGCCCCAGUUCAAGUCAAUGCAGAAAGGUUUUUUGUUUUUUAAUUAUAAUUUUUAUUGACUUAAAUAUUAAGCACUGUAUCUUCAAGCCUUUGGAGUUAUAUUGGUUUCAUAUUUUAUUGAGCAUUAGAACAUGCUGUAUGUGAUACUGUUGUGAAUGUUGUAUGUGAAGUUGUCUAAUGUCUAGUGUUAUAUGUAGUGGUGUAAUGAAAGCUGCAAAGCAAACACUUCUCAGGCCCCAGUACUGAAGUAGUUAUGAAGACUAUAUAUGUAAAUUUCUAAGUCGAUAGACUUUAGGGCUAUAUGAAGAAAUGUAUUUCUGUACUGGAGGCUCAGAUGCUUCCUAUGUUUGUGGUUGCCUCAUUCUGACCAAACUCUUACACUUUUCAUGAGAAACAAAUCCCAUCAGUAUUAAGGUUAGGUUAGGAAUAACUUCAAGGCUAGAUAUGCACUUUGUUAAAUAUUGCAACAUGUUCAUUGGGCAGCAACAAUACAGCAGGUUCUGAGUGGCCAUCUAGAAAAGGGUCUGCCCAGAACUGCUUUGUAACAGGAAGCAAUCGUAGAUCAUGACUCGUUGAACUCAGCUAAUGAGUUGUGUUUUACGGUAGAUCAGUGUAUAAAAUGACUCUUUUUCUAUCAAAAAUGGUAAAUAAAAUCUCUUUCAGUCACUGUUUGGUAAUGAAUACUAAAAGGAUGUGCUUUAUCCAAGGAUAAGUAUGGCACUAUGCCUUUGAAUAGAAUGCAUAACAUUUGUAUUUUGAAGCAAUUGCAGAGUUAGUCGUUUAUUGCAUUUUAAAACCAAUUUAUAUUUUAAAAAACAAUGAAAUAACAAAUGAAAGUUUCUGAUAGCAAUAUUCUGUAUUCGGUUUUGAAAGUAAUGUGUAAGGAGUAAUGUUACUAGGACAUUUUUCAUAUGUUAAAAAGGGUGGGUUUCUUCUUUCAUGCAAGUUUAGAGUGGUGUGCUUUACUUAAGGGUGAAAUCCCCGUUGUAUGAAUAGAAUUACCUGAAAUACCUUCAGCUGCUACAGGAAAUGAAGGAAAUCUACACCAAUAUUCAAAAAUUUAUCUGAGGAAGUGAUUUAACAUGCUACUUAAGAAGCAUUCUAAAAAGAAUCCAGUGUAAAGUUUAUGCAAUACCAGUAUUUGACCAUGAACUGAAUUACUGUUUGAGAGCAGUUUUUUUAAAAAAAAAAAUUCCAGAUAAUCUGCAGGUUUUUUAUUUUUAAGACAGCUUAAGUUUCAUGAACUGAUCUCUUAACAUGUUUAGCAAUGACAAUUUAGAAAACUUUUUCAAAACCACAGGUAACAUUAUGUUGGCUUAAUUUAUGAACAUAUGGACCAAAGAGGUGGUUAAGUAUUCAUUGUAUUUAUCUGUAAUAUAGCAUUUUAAAUAUAUUUUUCUUGAUUAAAUCUGAGGAAAGCAGUAGUGUUUCCUCUUCUGUUUUGCACUUUGCUAUAUUUUGUUUCAGUAUGAUAAACUUAUUUUUACUUGAAGCUUGCAUAUUUUUGUUGUAUUGUAGUAUAACCAAGCAAUCAGCUCUCGGUAUAAUUAAACAGAUUUUUAAAAGUAGUUAUGUUUGAAGUUUAUUAUCCAUUUGCAUGGAUAAGUCAAUUUUCUUAAGCCUCCCCCCCCCAGUAUGUUUAAGCCUAAUAUUUUAAGGCAUUGUUUUUGAGCAUUUUAUCCAAAUUCUUGCAUAAUUGCACACAAUGUGUUACAUCCAGACUUAGACAUGCUUAGAGUAGACACAUUGAUUUCAACCCUAUAGCAAAUUAGAGAAAUGUGGAUCCAGAUCCAACAAGCACAUGCAACUUCUCCUUAAAAAUAUGAUGCUACUUCAGGCCUCAUGUUUACUGCUACUGUGGAUAGUUGAGAGAUUUUGAAGCCUCAAUGCUAUAUGGUUCUUUCCUUAUGAGCUUGACUAGAGUGCAGCCUUAAAACUGCAUAUUCUGUACUUGUGCUCCCGAUCAAACAUGAGACACAAACUGGUUCUGAAAAAAAAUACUUUGUAGAACUCAAGCUUUUCCAAACUAGCACUCAGUUGUGACUGAAGGUGCACAGACAAUGAAUAGGGGCCACAAUAUUAGAAAAAUUGCUUUUUGUAUGGCUCCUGAGGCAAGUGCAUUCCUCUUCCAUUCAGAUUAAUGAAGGUGAACAAGUGAAGAGGUAACAAACAAAAAUAUGUGAAAUAGUUAAUUUUCUGUUUACUACAAAAGCUGGAAAUAAAAGAAUGUGGGGCAAGCUGGAGAAAGCUCCCAACAUAUAACAAACUGCAGGUUUUCUUCCUUAUUCUAUGCAAACCAGAUUGGUACAUUUACUUCAAAGAUUUGUUUGAGAAAAGUGUCCGGACACAUUUGAGAAACCACCUCAUAGGUUUGACAAACACAUUUAAAAGUUAAAACUUAUUUUAAGUUAAUAUAAAAUUAUUGAAGUUUGAAAUGGGGCAUUACCUGUUUGAGGCCAACUCUUGUAUUUUGAGUUUUUGCUAAGAUGUUUCUAAAGUGAUCAUUGGCAAUGCUGAAGGCAUUCUGGAUCAUAUGUCUGGCAAUUGCUACUAAAUGUUUUCAUAUACAGCUUUCUUCUGUAGUUUGUGCCCUUUCGUUUACAAGAGCUUGAAUCUGCCACUUUGCUCCAUGAUGCUUAUGAACAGUUCUCUUUUCAGACCCUUAAAUUUGUCUAAUAUGGGGGAGAAGUUCUUGUUUUGGAGAGAAAGGAAUGAAAACCUUGGAGCCUUCUCUGAGAGGUUCUAAAUGAUCCCAGAAACUGUUGGUCAGGUGCAUCAUAGACACACCUGUUCCAUUCCAUAUGGCACUGAAGAAUACUUUAUAGGCUAAUCAGAUAGCCUCUGCACAUGAAAUGGCAUGCUGGUUAUAAGCUGCUUUAAAAUCCUCCCUGCUCUGUAUGUGAUUGCUCAACACAAUGAUCAAGUGAUUUCACACACACACACACACACACACACACACACACACACAACUGCAAUAAAUGUUUUCAGUGUGAAGAGAAAAUACCAUUCUAUGCAUUAUAAGUUGCUGAGUUAGUGAGUCGGUCAUGGAGGAAAAAAUGUUUGUUUGUUCAUAUUAAAUUUCUAUAUUGCCCUUCAUCCAAAAAUCACAGGGUAGUUUACAAUAUAAAAACACAAAAAGUAUCAUUGUAACAAACAAAAAAAGUAACCCCCUUCCCCCAAAGUUUUAAAGGCCAUAGAUUGUUUAGUUAGCCAAAGGCCUGGGAGAAGAGGAAUGUUUUUGCUUGGUGCCUAAAGAUAUGUAACGAAGGUACCAGAUAAGCCUGGGGUCGGCAAAUUUCUUUAGCCGUGGGACGGUUCACUGUCCCUCAAACCUUGUGGCGGGCCGGAGAAGCGGCACGGGGGGGGGGAGCUAGAAGAAGAGGCGAGGGGGGUAAAUAGUCCUCCGCCCCAGCCCCAGCCCCAGCCCCAGCCCCAGCUGCUGUGCUUACCUUCCCAGACCCAUGAUCUGAGCACCCCUGGCCUCUUCCCCCUCUCCCGGGAAGGGAAAGCGGGAGCCCUUCCCCGUCACUUCAGCCUCCAGGAGUCUUCGCCAGGCGCCGCAUCUGGCAGCGGGCUGUGUUCAGGUCCACUGGGAGCUGGGCCGCCAGGCCGGGACUUGUCGCAGCCGCCCUCCGGCUUCACCACUUCACUAUGCGCCUGGCCUCUCCCGCAGGGCUGGAGCUCGCUGGGUAGCGCGCUCGCAGUGCCUCUGCGGCUCGUCGUCCUGCUCUUUCCCCAGGGCUCCCACAGGCAGGAUGGUGGCUGUAGCCUGGCAGCCCUCAGCGGGCCGCAGGGCAAGUCUGUAGCUGGUGUGUAUGGGGGGGGGAAUGAUGCCGG